AUGAAGUAUCUGGGACUUCACCUCGACUUGCGUUGCAGCUUCAAGCCACAUUUCGAGUUGUUGGCCGCCAGGUUGGGCUCCGCGGUACUGAGCUUCGGCCGCAUAAUACUCAACCUGGGUGGGCUAAGCGAGGGAGUGCGCCGCCUCUACAUGGGGGUGGUGCGCUCCAUCGCGUUGUACGGUGCGCCGAGAGUAACGCAAAAUAACUAUCAGGGUGGCACGUGCGUACCGCACCGUGUUGCGGGAGGCGGCAGGUUCGCCUCCGUAGAUCACGUGGCGUACGCGCUGGCGGACAUUUACGACUGGAAGGAAGAACUGGCCCGCGAGGGCAAGCUCGUCACGCAGCAGAUGACGGAGGCUAGAAGAAACCUGGCCAGGCGGGACAUCUUCCGGCACCUGCGGGAGAGACUGCCUCAUGCUAGAACGGGGCUAAGGGUGAUGAUGAUCCUCGGGCCCGUUUUGGAAGAAUGGAUGGAUAGGGGACGGGGAAAAUUCUUCUUCCAUGUAACGCAGAUGCUCUCCGGGCACGGUUGCUUCGGAGAGUACCUGCACGAGAAGAUUGGGAGGAAAGCUUCCCCGAGAUGCCAUCACUGCCCGAAGGAGAGAGACACGGCGCAGCACACCUUGAAGUGGAAUUGUCAAAGUGUGCAGAAAAAGCAUCCAGAAUUCAAAACGAAUUUCAAGGACUACAAUAUUAUUUUAUUAUCCAAAACAUGGUAUGACCACAAUCUGAACGGCUAUUUAGAAACUUUGAUGUUAUAA